UCCAUAUAAUGAGGCAAAAAACCCACAAAUUAUGUGUGUCUUGUCCUCUGUUUACUUACACUCUUACUGUGCCCUCUCUCUCUCUCUCUCUCACUCACUGCCAAUGAAUAUGGUCCAACAGAUACUCCAUUCCCAUAACCAUAGAAACUAUGCAAAGCAAAUCCAAGUUCCAUCAUUGGCCUAAUUGAAAUCCCUUCUUCUUACCCAUUUCUCAAAAUCAAAAGUGCGUGUUUCUCUUCCCUGAAAACCCUUUUGUUUAUAUAAAAGGGUGUGUUGGGGCAUCGCUAUGGACCGUUAAGUUGGGAGCUGAGAAUCCAAAUCAGUUCAUUGUUCAGAGGAAGAUAGAUAAACACAUCUUCAAAAGCUAGGGUUUUUGUGUCUCCCAAAUUCAUUAAUUGAAAGAAAACAAAGAAACAAAAAAUCUUCAAAUGUUCCCUUACAGUUCCACCCCUUACCCUUCCUUCCCUUCAUCUUCUUCUUCUUCAUACCCUCCUUUUCCUUUCCUCAACCCUGAACAUGCUUCAGCUAGCAACACUCUUCUUCAUGAUCCACUGUCUGUUCCUUACAUACCAACUCAUAACCCUCCAAACAUCCAAGAAACACUGACCAAUUUUCCACUCUCAGAUCAUAACUGCGGUGGUGGUGGUGGUUCUACAAUGACCAAACAAGACCCAAGUGGUGGUGGUAGUGGUGUUCCUCACUAUGGCAUUUCUUGUUUCCUAACAAAGAGGCCAGCUAAGAAAGACAGACACAGCAAGAUUUACACCUCUCAGGGUUUGAGGGACAGAAGGGUGAGGUUGUCCAUUGAUAUUGCUCGCAAGUUCUUUGAUCUUCAAGACAUGUUAGGGUUUGAUAAAGCCAGCAACACCCUUGAGUGGCUCUUCAACAAGUCAAAGAAAGCAAUUAAGGAGCUAGCAAGGAGCAAGCACAGCAACAACAACAACAAUAGUGAAGAAGGAGCCAAGAGCUUUUCUUCUUCAUCUGAGUGUGAUGAUGACUGUGAAGUGAUUUCUGGGAUCCAGCAGCAGCAACAACAACAACUCAUCACUUGUGAUGCUGCUACUCCAAACAACCUACAACAAGGGUUAGAUUCAAAUGACAACAAGUCAACAACGUUGAUGGCUGCAAGAGAGAGGAUGAAGUUGAAAAGGUCACAGAAGGAACCUGCAAAGAUUAAGGAGUCAAGGGAAAAAGCAAGAGCUAGAGCAAGGGAAAGGACCAGUAACAAGAUCAUGUGCAAUGUUAACACCAACACCAACUUGAAGAAAAAGUGCCCUGCAAUUGAAAACCACCCUCAAAUCAUGCAUCAAUCGAGGUCACCAAGUGACCACCCUCACCACCUUGUGGGAAGUGAAGCACCUCGAGAUGACUUCAAUGUUAUUGAGGAAUCCAUUGUGAUCAAGAGAAAGUUGAAGCCAUCGUUGAUGUCUUCUUCUCAUCAUCAUCACCAAAACCUUGUGAUCCCUAAGGAAGCUGCAAGUUUCAACAACGGUGACUACCACCCCUUCCCCAAUUUGUCUCCAAAUUGGGAUGCUAAUGGUUCCACUGGCCGCUCCAACUUUUGUGCCAUAGCUAGCAUGAAUCUAUCCACAGGGCUUCAAAUCUUUGGAAAGUCUUGGGAGGAGUGCACCAAUCCACGUUUACAUUAGUUUGUGUGUGUGUGUGUGUGUGUGUGAGUGAGUGUGUGCUAUUUUUUUUUUUUUUUAAUGUUUUUCAGUAUCAUCUGAUCCGAAUGAAACCCUCUCUAGGGGUAAGUAUGCCAAGGAAUCAUGAAGGGGCAUCUUUCAGUGUUUUCUACCAGUAACUUUUCUGUCCUAUAUUCUCUUUCCACAAUGUUUGUACCUCAUCUUCUUUUGCUCAUCAUCAGCCAAUGGCGUGACAGUUGGCACAAAGGUUGCUGCUGCGUGUAUUGUUUCUGACCAAAUAUUUAAAGUGUGGUUGGCAUUGCAUAAUGCCAAUUACUUAUCAAGAUGCUGUUCCUUCUAGCAGCUUUAAAUAUUUAUAUAUAUUUGGUUAGUAUUGUUCAACAGUGACUAAUAUUUAUAUAUUCCUUGGUUAUGAAAAACAUUUCAAGCAGUGUAUAACUUGUUGCAAGUGGAGGUGAUACAAAAGAAAUUACAAGGUCUUUGAGCUUUUGUUUGCACUCAAGUUAUUGAUAUUCCUAAGCAUGCAUUGCUGAUUUACAGUAUUAAUCAUCAUAUAACUAUACUGCUAGUUUCUUGUAUAUAUAUAUAAAGAGAUUACACAUGGGUGAAAAAUAUGGAAGAAUAGAAGUUAACCACAAUAAAAUUUCACAAUAUACCCCCAGGAAAUCAUACAAGAUUAUCAAAAUCGUAGAAUAAUUUUAGAUAUGGAAGAAUGGCUUUUUUCCCCCCAACCAUUGCCUUCAGUUUUUUCAGUAAAAGUUUCAAGUUACAUUAAUCUGAUACUUGUUAUUGUUGUCUCUAUAUGUAACAAAUUUGAUUGUCUUACUCAUUAUGGAAUGUUGAUUUGGUGCGAUGUGUUAUUUUGCUUAAAGCAUAGGCAUAUUGAAGUAUUAGUUAAAACUCAGCUCUUACACAAAAAAAUUUGAAAGCAGACAUAGGUAUUUCUACUCAUAAUUAGCACUAUUAACAUGCAUGUCAAUCAUUAAUGAUGUUUAUAUUUGUUGAUGUAGCAUGUAUUUUAAUUAAUUAUGUGUGUUUAGUUUGCCUUAUUUUAGAAAAAUAAUUACUUACUUUUGUCAACUUUUUAAGAGAGCUUUGAAAAGGAGUAAUUAUUUCCUUAAAUAGCUAUUUCCAAACACAUAUUUACAAAUGUGGAACUUCAGCUUUCUGUUGUUUUAAAUGAAUAAUUUCAUGUUGUCUCAUCAUGUCUUUGACAAAGUAACUGGGCAACAGUUAUCGACCAUCUCAGUUCUGUAAUAUGCUUAAGCUAUUGUGACGGAAGUUGGGCAACUGUAUGUAAUUUUAGACAGUCACAAUGAGAAUUCACCGUAUAGCCACAGUAAGAAGAGAAAAUAGUGAUAUUAAUUUUACUCUAAUGGAAAUAUAGUUUUCUACAUCUUUGAAGCUUAUAUAAUAUGUAAGAUCACUUGGGUGCAAAUCAUGAGUUUACCAUCUCAUUCUACCUAAGAGUAAAUUGAGUGUCUGAUUUCAUAUAAUAUUGCCAACUAUAUAGAUAUGAAAAAAUUCUCAACUAGAAAAAAUAGCAUUAAUGGUGUGGGUAGCAUUUAUGAGUCCAUGCAUGCACAAAAGGCUUGUAUAUGGUUUUUUUCCCUGCAGAACUUAGAAGAACAAUUCAAAGUUUUUGUAUUUUGAUUUUCUUAUCCAAUUUCUAAAUUAAAUAGUAGGUUGCAAUCUUCAAGCAAGGAAAUGGCAAAGAUUACUGAUGUACUGACUUUGAGAACUUCUAUCAAUAUUGUUGCAAAGACAAUGACUGAGAAAGUCAGAUGGUUUAAUUGAUAAGACAUAUUUAGUAAUCUUUUAGCCUGACUUUUCCCUAAUUUUUUGGUACUUUCCAUCAAUUGUUUUUACACUUGACCUAAAAAUAUUCUAGUCACUAAUUUAUGGUAUGUGAGGCUUUUUGAGUCUCUUUACGAUCUGUCCAUCUAUAUUAAUUGUGUGAUUUUACAAUAUAUUUGGUAAGGACUUGGCCCAGGAUUAACAAACUAAGAUGUGGAAAUUGAUACAGGAACUUGCAGAAAUUGUUCCAACUUUAAUUAAGUCUAGUUCUUUAGGAUUAAAGUUAGAAAAGAAACUCUUUCUUAG